ACAAAAAUUCCAGGGAUUGUUGUCGGUUGGCCAACCCAUAGCUUCCUCUCUCCUCCCUGAAUGUUUUAAUUCGCCCAUCCUCUCUUCUUCGAAUGAAUCGCAGAAUAUCUUUCGAAGUAGUGUCAAGCUGUAAGGGGCGUCCAGCGGGCUCCAUAUACACACACAACACUACUAGACCGGUUAUCUGUUCAUCAGAGGCAGGCUCUCAUAGAGCUCCGAGUCGGAGAGUGAAUGAGGUUGAUGCUGUUCUGUUGUAACUGGAAGGACGAACGUAUGGGAGAGGAGGAAGCUGGCAGAAGCUUGCCCGUGUGUGCGGGAUGCAGACAACGGAUCUAUGAUGAACAGUAUCUCCAGGCACUCAACAAUGACUGGCACACCGUAUGCUUCAGAUGCUGUCAGUGCAGUGCCUCCCUGUCCCACUGGUACUAUCAGAAGGAGGGCCGACUCUUCUGCAAGAAGGAUUACUGGGCCAAGUUCGGAGAGCUGUGCCAUGGAUGCAACGACCCCAUCACAACCGGUCUGAUCAUGGUCGCAGGGGAACAGAAGUACCACCCAGAAUGCUUCACCUGUCUGAACUGCAGAGCCUUCAUCGGAGACGGAGACACCUACGCACUGGUGGAGAGGUCCAAACUAUACUGUGGCCACUGUUACUACCAGACCAUUGUGACGCCUGUGUCCCUGUCAGACUCACCAUGCUCCAGGAUCCCCCACACGGUGACCCUGGUGUCCAUCCCAGCCUCCACAGACGGGCGGAGAGGGAUCUCAGUCGCCAUCGACCAGCCUCUCAGCCCUCUCAGUCCCAACGGCUACGGCCCUGAACACACUGUCAGGGUGUCACAGGUGGACUCUGAGUUGAUCAGUCCAGAUGUGAAGAACUCCAUACAUGUCGGAGACCGGAUCCUGGAGAUCAACGGAACACCCAUCAGGAAUGUCCCUCUCGAUGAGAUUGACCUGCUCAUCCAGGAGACCAGUCGUCUGCUCCAGCUGACCAUAGAGCACGACCCCCACGACCAGGGGGGUUCAGAGGGGGAGACGGUGGACGGACCUCUGAUCACUCCUCUGUCUGGCGGUCCCAGCCCCAUCCUCCCCAUCACCCAACCCCCACACCCAGACAUCAAUAACCUACGCUCACGCAUGAUCACGCGGAGCUACAGUAUUGAUAAGUCUCCGUGCUCCAGUAACGCAGCAUCCCCUCUCUCUCAGAGGAAGGACAUUAACCGCUCCGAGUCACUGCGGGUCGUCUCCAACAGUCGCAUGCACAGGAUCUUCCGGGCCUCAGACCUCAUCCACGGAGAGGUGCUCGGAAAAGGCUGCUUUGGACAGGCCAUCAAGGUGACCCACAGAGAGACAGGGGAGGUAAUGGUGAUGAAGGAGCUGAUUCGUUUUGAUGACGAGACACAGAGGUCAUUCCUAAAAGAAGUGAAGGUGAUGCGUUGUCUGGAGCACCCCAAUGUGCUGAAGUUUAUAGGUGUCCUCUACAAAGACAAGAGACUCAACUUCAUUGCAGAGUACAUCAAAGGAGGAACCCUGAGGGAGAUCAUUAAGAAAAUGGAUACCAACUACCCUUGGAAUCAGAGAGUGAGCUUUGCUAAAGACAUCGCUGCAGGGAUGUCAUAUCUGCAUUCCAUGAACAUAAUCCACCGUGACCUGAACUCAUACAACUGUCUUGUCAGAGAGAAUAACAGUGUGGUGGUGGCAGACUUUGGGCUGGCUCGGCUGAUGGUGGAAGACAAGAUCCAGGACAAGAGUCUCCUGCAGAAGAAACCUGACCGCAGGAAGAGAUACACUGUAGUGGGCAACCCCUACUGGAUGGCCCCGGAGAUGAUCCACGGGAAAAGCUAUGAUGAAAAGGUGGACAUCUUUUCCUUCGGGAUCAUGCUUUGUGAAAUCAUCGGUAGGGUGAAUGCAGACCCAGACUACUUGCCCAGGGCCCAUGACUUUGGGCUGAAUGUGAUAGGCUUCUUAGAGCACUUCUGUCCUCCAGACUGCCCCCCUGCCUUCUUCCCUAUGGCUGUCCUCUGCUGUGACCUGGAUGCUGAGAAACGCCCCGCCUUCACCAAGCUGGAGGAGUGGCUGGAGAACCUGAAGAUGCACCUGGAGAUCCGCCUGCCGGUGGUGUCCGAGCUCGACAUGCUACACAAAGCAUUCUGGGGAAACCACACUGCCCCCACCAUGGCUUGCACAGCCAUGCGGUCCGAAAACGGCCUGCCCCCGCACCCCGAGACUCCGGAGUAGAAGGGAUCCGGAACAGAGCGGAAUGCUGCUGGUCUCAGCCCAUGAGAGUGGGCAGAGAGAGGGGGUUAUGGUGGUCAUUGAGGAGGGUAGUAGAGCCUACGGUACCUCUGGCAAUGGAGUAGUUGCAUUGCACUGUCCAGGGAGGGGUGGGGCAGGAACUCUGUACGUACCUCCUCAUGCCACAGCAGUCACAGUGGUCAUGAAGGCUGACAGUGGGCUGUCGAUGGACUGUAUAGACUCAGGGGGAAACAAGGAUGGGAAAAGCCAGCCUUGCCUAAAGGCACUCACUCAUUCAACUCCAACCAAGAGAGACUCACUCAGACUAACAUUACCACUAUCAUAGCUUCAGUCUGAUGAUUGCUGUACCUUAGCUGAAUGUCAGGCUGGUAACUGCUAGCUAGCAGUAUCAGUCUAUCCCAGCUGUGAAAUCAUCCAUCUUAACACUCAUGUAAUCUUUAUCUUAUGGUGUUAAAGCAUAUUCAGACGUCUCUAAAACAGAAAAGAAGAAAGGAUGCUUCAGCCUCAUUGGUCGGGCUCCUUCCUCCAGAGUAUUUGUGCAACAACGUGUUUGAAAAGUGUUCCUCUGUGUGACUUUGGUUUGAUUUUAUGAUAUCAAAACCGCUUUUUGAAAUGCUAAAGAAAGGGGCCUUUUAUGUGGAUAAAACAAAACACAUAAGUUGAGACGCACACACACAGUCCGGAUGUAGAAUAUAAUCGAGCAAAAGCUUUUGAGCAUAAACAAAAAGCUUUUUAAACAUUGCAUGACUGUAAAUAGCCCAGUCUGUGUCCAGUAAGCCUUGUCUGUUGUCUCCUCCUCUCCCCCUCUACUGAUGACAUGUGUGUCCCAAAUGGCAUCCUAUUCCCUUUAUAGUGCACUGCUUAAGACCAGGUCCCAAAGGGUAUUACCAAAGUAGUGCAUUAUAGGGUGCCAUUUGGGAUGCAUUCUUAAAGUGAUGUCCCUGGUAGUGUAGAAUACAUGGUCCAUGAAUGACUGUGUUCCUUCUCUCACUGUGCAGCACUGACUUCACUUUGAGGUAGACUUCUUUCAUACCUUUUGUACAUUUUUCUAUUUCAUUUGAGUUUAUUACUCUCUUUCUCCUUAUUUCAUUCACAUCGAGGUGAAAUCUUGUGUAUUCAAACUCAACCCACCCAAUGUACAGUACCAGUCAAAAGUUUGGACACACCUACUCAUUCCAGGGUUUUUCUUUAUUUUUACUAUUUUCUAAAUUGUAGAAUACUAGUGAAGACAUCAAAACUAUGAAAUGACACAUAUGGAAUCAUGUAGUAACCAAAAAAGUGUGAAACAAAUCAAAAGAUAUUUUAUAUUUGAGUUCUUCAAAGUAGCCACCCUUUGCCUUGGUGACAGCUUUGCACACUCUUGGCAUUCUCUCAACCAGCUUCAUGAGGUAGUCACCUGGAAUGCAUUUCAAUUAACAGGUGUGUCUUGUUAAAAGUUCAUUUGUGGAAUUUCUUCUUAAUGCAUUUGAGCCAAUCAGUUGUGUUGUGACACGGUAGGGUUAGUAUACAGAAGAUAUCCCUAUUUGGUAAAAGACCAAGUCCAUAUUAUGGCAAGAACAGCUCAUAAGCAAAGAGAAACAACAUUCCAUCAUUACUUUAAGACAUGAAGGUCAGUCAAUACGGAACAUUUUAAGAAGAGACUGUGAAUCAGGCCUUCAUGGUCAAAUUGCUGCACAGAAACAACUACUAAAGGACACCAAUAAGAAGAAGGGACUUGCUUGGGCCAAGAAACACGAGCAAUGGACAUUAGAACGGUGGAAAUCUGACCUUUUGGUCUGAUGAGUCCAAAUUUGAGAUUUUUGGUUCCAACCGCCGUGACUUUGUGAGACGCAGAGUAGGUGAAUGGAUGAUCUCCGCAUGUGUGGUUCCCACCGUGAAACAUGGAGGAGGAGGUGUGAUGGUGUGGGGGUACUUUGCUGACACUGUCAGUGAUUUAUUUAGAAUUCAAGACACACUUAACCAGCAUGGCUACCACAGCAUUCUGCAGCGAUCCCAUCUGGUUUGCGCUUAGUGGGACUAUCAUUUGUUUUUUCAUUAUGACAAUGACCCAACACACCUCCAGGCUGUGUAAGGGCUAUUUGACCAAGAAGGAGCGUGAUGGAGUGCUGCAUCAAAUGACCUGGACUCCACAAUCACCCGACCUCAACCCAAUUGAGAUGGUUUGGGAUGAGUUGGACUGCAGAGUGAAGGAGAAGCAGCCAACAAGUGCUCAACAUGUGGGAACUCCUUCUAGACUGUUGGAAAAGCAUUCCAGGUGAAGCUGGUUGAGAGAAUACCAAGAGUGUGCAAAGCUGUAAUCAAGGCAAAGGCUACUUUGAGGAAUAUAAAAUAUUUUGAUUUAUUUAACACUUUUUUGGUUAUUACAUGAGUCCAUAUGUGUUAUUUCAUAGUUUUGAUGUCGUCACUAUUAUUUUACAAUGUAGAAAAUAGUAAAAACAAAGAAAAACCCUUGAAUGAGUAGGUGUGUCGAAAAGAUUUUUAACUGGUACUGUAUGUAGCCAGUGAUAUUAUAAUAUUGUAAAUGUUUUAAAUAUUGUAAAUGUACAGACAUAUUUUGUAUACUUAUAAUGUAUGCUACAUUGUUAUAUUUUUAUUGGGCUACCUGCUGAAAUUAAGGAGAAGAAGAAAAAAAUGAAAAGUUAGGCAGUAGUAGCUGAUAUGGAGCAGAUUUCUUUCAACAGUGAUGAUGACUUCCUGUCUCGGGAUGCCAUGGUGACAGACAGAGAUAAGGGUCUUUUAGGAAGUUAAUACGAAGUAAGAAAGCAUCUUAGGGUCCUAGCUCACCCCUACCUACCCUCACUGUAAGUGUAAGCACUCUCACAUGAUGUGUCUCAUUUACUCCCAUCGUUGUCUCUCUGCAUAUCAAAUGAUUUUGUUUACAGCAGCCUUUGAUCUGGUCUAGACUCCAGAGAGUGCCCUGACUAUGACCUCGGAUAUAACUACUCCGUAGGUAUCGCCUCAAUUGAAUGUAAUAAGAAGAGAAUCAACUCAGUCACAUAAAAAUAAGUUUAUUUCUCUCAAAAGAAAUUGAGGAUUAUUUAUUAGUUGUUACUAUAGAGCUCUUUAGUCAUCCAUAGCAGGACAGAUGUAGUGGGAAGUGUUGGAGACAGACAGACAGUCAUGUCAUAGUGUCUGUCUGACAACAAUCCUCUCUGUCCUGGAGACAAACCUAGUCACAACCCUAGUCUCCUCUACAUGGAGCUCCCUAUGAGAGACCGUCUGUUUACACACAAACUGCUGGCUGUAAAUAUUAUCUAUAUGUCUGUCUGUCGUUGUGCAUCGCAUACUACACUCUCUUGAAAAUAAUCUCUUACUGUAUGUCAAUUUUUCUCUUGAACACAUUGUCACUCAUUCUCUCACGCGUGUUCUUUUUCCAUCAAACAUUUUUUCUAUUCCUCUUUGCACUAGAAGAUGAACUGCAUGGUGUACUUGCUACUGUGGUCACUUCUGCUGUAAAACCAAGCUAUUCUUUUCACUUUAAAACAGAAAUUGUUAUUGAAAGGAAAAAAGGAAAGAAAGAGAGUAAGGAAAGAGUGUACAAAGGAGACAGGGAAAAAGACGAAAUAAAGAAAAAACACAGCAUCUCUUUUGAUAUAUAACGACGGAAAUGUUUUUGUAUAGAUUUGAGUACUUUGAUUUGCACUUUCAAUUUUGGAUUACUUGUGAUAAAGAAAUAAAAUGACAGUUGAUAAUAUGAAUGCAAGUCACUGAUGGAGCCUUUCAAUUCAGUUGUAAACAUGUGUCCUGGGAAAUUCUUCCUCCUUUGUAGCAAACCAGAGUUAGGUGGCCAUUCUGAUGCCUGGAGGUAUUGAUUAUUAGAUCACUCUAAUGUCAUAGCAUGUCUGUGUCUAAACUGGUUCACAUUUCAGACAUAUGCUCAACUUUAAAAACAUGGAACAUGCAACUUUGAGAGGUACGGAAGAGAUGCCUCACAGGUCGACCUUCUAAAUGUCCAAACUAUUCAGCCUUGUUAGUUAAAUUAUUCUAGUUUGCUACAGAAAGGAUGAGAUAACCAUGGUCUGCCUGCUGCCUAUAGACCGAUCCUUUGUGAAUGAAAUUCUGUGUCUUCUUGACUGCUUCACCUUACUGUGAUGUCCAGAGAGGUUUAAACCAUUGUUAGUCUGUCAUCAAAAGAGAGCACUUGUGCAGUGCCCUUUUCACACUAUCGUGCUGAACCGAAUAGCGCUGGCUAGAUAUUUUCCUUUCCAGAACGAUUCCAGAAACUAGGGUGGAAGCGAAACAAGGCGAAAUCCGUUUGGCUUGUCAUGGCUCAGUAAUGUGAAAAGGUUAUACUUACUGACCUAUUCAAUCUCCACAAUCGUAGUAGUACAAUAAGCCUCCAAUGAGCAUGAAGUCCUCUACCUACCUGUCAAAGUAUAAAAUCAGUAUCGAAAAAUAUAUCUUUCUUAUGUACAUCUUCUGCUAAUGUGUUAAUCAAUGGGCAUAAUGGGAAUUCAAUUGAAGUAUGUAUAUGACUGCCAUGUUUGUGCGUAUGUAUCACCAUGUCUGUCAAAGCCACAUUAUUGUCAAGCAUGUGGUUGUAUGGAUGACAAUGUUUCCGCAGCACUUCUUUGCAAAGGAUCCUUACCGCUGAACAAUAUGCUGUGCCUUUGUUUUAAAGCUAGCCUUGCCAACAACUCGACUAAACACGUUUGUUUGAACAGAUGUUUUUGUAUAAAAUUCAAGUGCAAGCCUGAUGAUAAUGAAUGGAUUUAACAUCGUUGCUGAUAUUUUGUUUUAUUAUGAUGAGACGUUCCGCUUGUUCUGUAUCAUAUUUAUAUUUUCCAUACUUCUCCAUCAUUUUUGAUAUCUUAGGGAUUGUGGUUCAUUUGAUUUACUUUAUAUAUUUUUUUUAAAUGUACACAAGCUGUGAACUAUUCUGCACUUUAAUCCUGAACGUGAACAUUGAGAACCCUAGGAGACCACUAUUUCAUCACAGCUGGAAUAAAUGUGUUGCUCUUUUAAUGAA